UGUCGGCCCGAGUUUGUGUGGCCGCCGCCGCGGGAAUAGCGAGCGCGGUCAUUUAUUUUUCAACGGAGAAAGGAAAAGGUGUUCGGACUGGGGGGCGGCGUCGCGCGUUCGUGUGGGCGAGUGUCGCGCUCCCCGCUGCUGUCUUCCGACGCGCCCCCCGGCAUGGAGGAGAAGCCGAGCGCGCCGCCGGGCGGCGGGGCCGCGGCCCCCGCGCGGCCGGAGGCGCCGCGCUCGGAGCGUGAGGAGGCGCCUCGGCGCGGGAGCCCAGAGAAAAAGCAAAAAUGUAGAUAUGAUGGCCAAGAAACAAAAGGAUCUAAAUUCAUUACCUCCAAUUCAAGUGAUUUCAGUGACCCAGUCUACAAGGAGAUCGCUAUUACAAAUGGUUGCAUUAAUAGAAUGAGUAAGGAAGAACUCAGAGCUAAACUUUCAGAAUUCAAGCUUGAAACCAGAGGAGUGAAAGAUGUCCUGAAGAAGAGACUAAAAAACUAUUACAAGAAGCAGAAACUGAUGUUAAAGGAGAGUGGUUACGUGGACAGUUACUAUGACUACAUUUGUAUUAUUGACUUUGAAGCCACUUGUGAAGAAGGCAACCCACCUGAAUUCAUACAUGAGAUCAUUGAAUUUCCUGUCGUUUUACUAAAUACCCAUACCUUAGAGAUUGAAGAUACGUUUCAACAGUAUGUGAGGCCAGAAAUGAACGCACAGCUUUCAGAUUUCUGCAUAAAUCUAACUGGAAUUACUCAGGAUCAGGUGGACAAGGCUGAUACUUUCCCUCAAGUACUAAAAAAAGUUAUUGACUGGAUGAAAUUGAAAGAGUUAGGAACAAAAUACAAAUAUUGCAUCUUAACAGAUGGGUCAUGGGAUAUGAGUAAGUUUCUGAAUAUUCAGUGCCAGUUAAGCAGGCUCAAAUAUCCAUCUUUCGCUAAAAAAUGGAUCAAUAUUCGGAAGUCAUAUGGAAACUUUUAUAAGGUUCCUAGAAGUCAAACAAAGUUAACAAUAAUGCUUGAAAAACUGGGUAUGGAUUAUGAUGGACGGCCCCACAGUGGCCUCGAUGACUCUAAGAACAUUGCUCGAAUAGCAGUUCGAAUGCUCCAGGAUGGUUGUGAGCUCCGAGUCAACGAGAAAAUCCAUGCAGGACAGCUAAUGAGUGUGUCCUCCUCGUGUCCAAUAGAGGGCACUCCAGCUCCACAAAUGCCCCAUUCUAGAAAAUAACAGCAGUGUUUGCUCCUGGAUUGUUCACCAUAACUGGAGUUUUUCCAAAGAGGUAGCAGAGGAAUAUUUACGGAAAUUGUUCAGCAGUGCAGGAUUUCAGCACCUUAAACGUCUACAAUCUUAACUACAGUUGUAGCUAUACAUGUGUGGGAGCAGACUCCAGGGGGAGGGCAUAAUUAAUUUCUUGUCACCAGCACUUUUAUACAAACAGUGUUUGUUACCCAGAAACACUUCCUGCUUAGAACUGAAUUUUAUAAUUCAAGGUGUCUGAGAUUCCUAUGGUUUUAAAAUGAAAGGUUUGUUAGCUCUCCCUUGAACAUCAUCUCAUUGACUUUUAUAGUGCUUGAUUAUUUCUACAUUUACAUCUUUUCUUAAAAUAUAAAAGUAAUUGUGAGGGGUGGCUUAUCUAGCCUUUGGAUUUUAAAACUAUCUUAAGAGUUUUUAAGUUUGAGAUUUAACUAUGUAUGAUAAUUUUUUAUGAAGUACUUGGCACACAUAGCUGCCUACAUUCAUUUUCAAUUGGAAGACUUGUGAUAGAAUGUAAAGCCUGGUUCAGCUUCAGUUAUCGAUGACAAUUAGUGGAAAAUCAGAAGAAAAUACAGUUUAAAGAAAUAGAAGGCUAUACUUUCCACUUCGUAAUACAUAGAUAAAUCAAUGGUGAGCGGGUGGUUACCUCCUUAUUAUUAGUGACCAUGCUUUGAGGUAAACUUAAAAUUAAAGAUCACCACUUCAUUUUACAUUUGUAUCCAACGGAUUAGGUUAAUAAAAUCAAAUACUGCUUUCUCCCAAA